UUUUUUCAGCGCUGGUAGCGGCCCUGUAGAGCUCUUUAAUGUUAAAAAGGUGAGAAAACGUCAUAGAAACAUGUAAAUAUACCAAUAUUACGUCUUGAAAUUUUGUCGUCUGCUGCAUUUCCUUUUAAUAUGGAGACGAUGGAAGUAAAAAAAAAAAGCUAGGGCACAAAAUUGGACCGCUGAGGAAGAAGUUCUGUUAAUAGAGGAAGUGAAAGCGAGAGCAGAAAUCCUCUUUGGACCUCUGAAGGGUUGUGGAAAGUCCGGAAAGAUUAAAGAAAUAAAAGACAAAGAAUGGCAAAUGGUUGCUGACAAGUUAAAUUCACAAUUCGACAACAAGAUGAGAGGUCUAGAGGAAGUGAAGAAAAAAUAUUACAACAUUAAACAGAGAAGCAAAGAAAAACUUGAUUCAGUCAAAAAGCCCAAGACAGGAGGAGGUCCACCCCUCCCACCACUAACACCUGGGGAAGAGACUUUUCUGAACUUGUCAGUAGGCCAACCAAAUGUCCAUGGUUUAAAUGGAGGUGUUGAUACUGACGAGCAGCAGAUUCUUCAAUCAACACCAAAGUCACAAGAGCAAGCACCAUGUACCUCAGAUAGUGUGUCCCAUCAGCAGCCACAGGAAAACAUGGCAUCAUUGACUAUGAAUGAGACAUCUGGACACCAAUGUGUUAUUUCCACAAGCACAACUGAUAGGAGGAAAGGAAAAAAAGUAACUGAUUCCAAGAGAAAAAUACUGGAGGAAUUAGAGGAAAGGAACUUAAGUUUGGAUAACAAAAGGUUGGAAGAGGAGACAUUAAAAGUGAAGGAGAAACGAGAAGUUUUAACCUUGCAGAAGGAAGUCCUUCAGAUGAAAAAACAGAAAUUAGUUUUUGAAAUCCAAGCAAACUAUCCCAGUUUUCUGGAGAUGGAGAUGUGAGAAGUAAAUUCAAAU